GGGGGCCGGCAGCCAAUGGCAGCGGGGCUGGCACGGGCAGGGGAUGCUCCGGGCUCCUCUCUCUCCCUCCUCCCUCCCCCAGACCCCCCUCGCCGCCCUCGCACACAAAAGCGGGGAAUUAGCUGGCUUAGGGGAGCGCAGGCUCGGCCAGCUGCGGGCGGAAAAUAAUAAUAAUAAUAUUAAUAAAUAAAAUAGCUGGGAGGGGAGGGAGGGAGGGAGCAGCAGCCAUGGAGGAGCAGAAAUAACCUCGAUCCAUCCCUCUCGCCGAGAAAACCGCAAAGCUGCGGCGGCGGCGGGCGCGGAUGCGUCCCCACGCCCCUGCACCCGCAUCCCGGCGCUGGGGCUGCACCUGCUGAGCCGCAUCCACCGCGAGGAGAGGAGAGGAGGAGGAGGAAGAGGAGGAAUGACGAGCUGGGAUCGAGGCACGACCGCCUUUGUUCCCCGCUGAGCCCCCGCAGAGCCUGAGCCCCCCCAGGGAUCUGCUGGCUCCAUCUCCUCACAGCCAUGGGAACCACCGAGGCCACGCUGAGGAUGGAAAACGUGGAUGUGAAAGAGGAAUGGCAAGACGAGGAUUUCCCCAGGCCUCUCCCAGAAGAGACGGGGAUGGAGUCCCUGGGAAGCCCCACAGAAGAUGAGACCACGUCCUCUCCCCCCAACACGUUGAAUUUUAACGGGGCCCAUCGGAAGAGGAAGACACUGGUGGCUCCUGAAAUCAACAUUUCCCUGGACCAGAGCGAGGGCUCCAUCCUCUCUGACGACUUCCUGGACACACCAGAUGAUCUGGACAUUAAUGUGGAUGAUAUUGAAACUCCUGAUGAGACAGAUUCCCUGGAAUUCCUGGGGAAUGGGAACGAGCUGGAAUGGGAAGAUGACACCCCGGUGGCCACGGCCAAGAACAUGCCUGGGGACAGCGCUGACCUGUUUGGGGACGGGGGCACCGAGGACGGCAGUGCCACCAACGGGCGCCUCUGGAGAACUGUCAUCAUCGGCGAGCAGGAGCACAGGAUCGACCUGCAGAUGAUCAAACCCUACAUGAGGGUGGUGACACACGGAGGAUAUUAUGGAGAAGGUCUGAAUGCCAUCAUCGUGUUUGCUGCCUGCUACCUCCCGGACAGCAACCUGGCAGAUUAUCACUACAUCAUGGAAAACCUCUUCCUGUACGUGAUCAGCAGCCUGGAGCUGCUGGUGGCUGAGGAUUACAUGAUCGUGUACCUGAACGGGGCCACGCCCCGCAGGAGGAUGCCAGGCCUGGGCUGGCUGAAGAAAUGCUACCAGAUGAUCGACAGGAGGCUGAGGAAGAACCUCAAGGCCCUGAUCAUCGUGCACCCCUCGUGGUUCAUCCGGACAGUUCUGGCCAUCUCCAGACCCUUCAUCAGUGUGAAGUUUAUCAAUAAGAUCCAGUAUGUGCACACCCUGGAGGAGCUGGAGCAGCUCAUCCCCAUGGAGCACGUGCAGAUCCCAGACUGUGUCCUGCAGUUUGAAGAAGAGAGAAUCAAGGCCAGAAAAGAAAGGGCAGAGGAGAAACAAGACAUGGCUGAGAGGGAAAGCAGGCCCGUGCCCCCAGCAGAGGAUCAGGAAACCAGCAUGUCCUGAGUGGGAGCAGCACGGGGGAAUGGAGAAGGAGAAGGAGCAGCCUGGCAGUCACCCACCUCAAGGACCUUUGGGGACAGGACCUUGCCACCACCUUCUUCCAAGUCCUGGAAAUCCUGGAGCUGCCUCCUCUGCCUCCAAGAUGCAAAGUCCUUUAAACUUUUGGGAAUCACUUUCCUUAAAAAAAGAAGAAAAAGAACAAAACCCAAACAAACCCCCAGGAAAGGAAGGAAGAGCAGCACUUUACAGGACAGGUUCUGUGUGUUUUGGGAAUGAUCUGUGGAGAGCUUUGGCACAGUGCAAAUACUCACUGUGUAUCCUCAUAGUAAACCAGGAGCAUCCUCCAGUCCAUGAAUCCCCAGCCCAGAAAGAGAAAUUUAUUUUUGGUUUAAGUUAUGAGCCCUUCACUCGCUGCUGGCCAGCACUUCUGCUUUGAGCUGCACCCCCAGUUCCUCCAGGAGAGGAGGCAAAGGAGGAAAUGAGGCUUUUUGCACCCCAAAAAGCUGCAACCCCCAGGAAUGAGGACUCCAGGUGAAGGAAAGAGCUUUUCCCUCCUUCCCACGGCCAGAGUGAGCUCCUUCCUGAAGUGCCCACUGCCAGCUUCCAUCAUAACUCUGUGAUCCCAAGGGGUCUUCAUGGGUUUUUUCCCAGUUUUUUUUCCUGGUUUGUCCCAUCCCGGUGUGCGUGGCACUCUGAAGGGAGUGGCUGCCCCACGGAACCUUCUCCUGCAGCACCAAAGGGUUCAGAAGGAGCCUUAAGGACAAAGGACGGGGAGUUUUCCACGCCUUGUCCUCUCUGGACAAUCACUCGCUGCUGGUACCUCCCAGGAGCUGCUAAAAUGUUGGAAUUUUCCCUCGGGGGGUCUCAUCCAUCAGCAUUCCUGCCUGGAAUAUCCCCGUGGGGAGGGCAGGAGCAGGGCUGGGUUCUGCAGCCAGAGCUGCAGGGGUGACAUCGACUCUUGGAAUUCGGGUUUUGGACUCGUGAGGAUUCUGGGAGUGAAGAGGAGGGAAAGAAAUGAAGGAACAAAAGUCUGGGCAAAAAUUCUUUGGGAAUUCCUGAUUUCAGAGGCAGCUUGCAUGGCUCAGGCUGGAUCCCUGAAGUGUCCAAGGCCAGGCUGGAGCACCUGGGACAGUGGGAGGUGUCCCUGCCCAGGACUGGAUGGGAUUGAAUUGAUUAAUUUACCUGAUCAGGUAAAACCCCCCUCAAACACCUGCAGGUGAAGAAUUCCCUGCCCAUUUCAGCACUUCAAGGAGAAUUCAAAGCCAGGUUUUUCCUGCAGGUGGGGAUGGCUCCUCUGGACACACGAAGUUGUUUUUCUCCUCCUUUCAAUGAACAAAACCACUCUGGAUGAGAUUUCUUCUCCCCCUGGAUGCUCCAAGGAAGCACCAAAAGCACUUUUUAACCUCAGUUCUCAUCUGAGAAUUCUCCUCACCCACUCCAGCCACAGAUGGAUUUCCUGGCCACACCUUUGUAUGGAAAGCAGAGCUCUGCACCCCCAGCACCAAGCCAGAGAAUGAAGAUGGAAAAAAAAAGUCCAAAUUCCAUCUAAAAAAAAAAAAAAAAAAAAAAGCACCAAACAAGCUCAUGAUAAACCAAUUAUUGAGAGAAUUUUCCAUGUUGGAAGGAGCUUGGAGCACCCUGGGGUCACAGCAAGUGUCCCAGGAUGGGAUUUGUGGCCCUUGCCAAGCCAAGGCUGGGAUUGUACAAGGAAAAAUCCAUUUCAGUUCUGGCUCUGGACAGUCACAAAGCUCCUCGUGGACCCAGAGUUUGUGACUUCACUGAGAACAUUUCAAGUAGAUCUUCCUUUUUUUUUUUUUUUUUUUUUUUUAAUGGAUUUAGAGAAAAACCAUCAGUUUUCACCCAUGCUGGGCACUGCAGGGGAAGUUUGCAAUUCUACAAGGAAUAAAGUGGAUAAAAUGUUGAAUGAUGGGUUCAAAAUGCAACCAGAAAGAUUUUGUGAAUCAAAAAUUUUCAGAAAUGCUGCUGGGAUGGAAAACAUGGAUGUGGCAGAUGAGGAAUCCCAAUCUCCUUUCACCAGAAUGUGCUUUUUGGGUUUUUAAUUCCCUUCCAAAACCACUCUGUCUGCACUUUCAGAAAAUAAAAAAUACAGGAUGAGACCUGACAAUGAAAAUUCACAUUUUCCUGAGCAAUUCCUUCAGAGCAAGGGAAUUCCAGCUGGAAAAAGGACAGAUCCCAAUUUCCCUUCAUGGAGGUGGGCAGUUGUUUCCAUACAAAAGUUGAUUUUUAACUUCUUGGAACUGAUUUUUUUUUUGUUUGUUUGUUUCAAAAAGUGCACUUUGUGAUGGAGCACUCCAAAAUUUUAAUUUUUCACAGAGUUUUACAAGCAUGGAUGGAUGGAUGGAUACAUGGAUAAUGUUUUUGUGUCUUUUCAACACAGAGAAGAACCUGCAGCCCCAUCAAGGAGAAAUUAGAAGUGUCAAAAGUGCAAAAAAAAAAAAAUUCAAUAUCAUUCAUUUCAACCAGGGAUUUUGAUUGCAAAGCAAAAAGCUGCAAAUUCUUGGACAGAAACAUAAAAAAAAAAUAAAAAAUAAAUCCCUGUCCCAAGGUGGAGUGACAAAUCUCAGCUGGGUGGGGAGAAAUCUGCUGGUAAAAAUUCAUUUCCAGUGGAACUUGGAGCAGUGUAUAAAUCUAUAAAUAUGUUUAAAGAAUCAAAUGGAAUAAAUUUCAUCCCUUUAGCAAUACUGGGCUGCUCAGUGCCCCAAACUGCAUCCUGCCUCAUCCUGGAGGAUCAAGAUUUUCAUUUUUGAAUUCCUUGGAUUUUAUUGAGCAGUUUCUGGUCUGAUUUGACUUUUCCUGAGGUUUUGGUUUGCAGCAAUUCUGUGGGAAUUCACAUUUUAGCUGCAGAAAAAGUUCUUUUCUGCCCACAUGCACCAAAAUCCUGAUUUUUACUGGUUGUGUAUUUAAUGAUGGACCUCAACUCACUCCACCAAAAAAAAAAAAAAUCCAAUUUUCUCCCCUCUCUCCCAGGAUUUAUCCCAGCCCCUCCUCAGCUCCAAAUUUUCUGGUUUUUCCACAGAGAUUUGGGACUGUCCAGUGAUUUUUUUUUAUUGUGGUUCUCAAGGAAGGCAAAGCUGGGAUGCUGCUGUAAAUUCCAGUGGAGUAUAAAAAAAAAAAAAAAUUCAUCCCAUUUUUUUCUGUCCAGUGCUGUGUAAAUGUGAGUGGAUAUUUAGAGUUACCUCAUGGUAACUUUUCCAUCUCUUUUAUUUUUUUUUCCCUCCACAGACGUGCAAAAAAAGUUUUAAAGGCAACAAAAUUCUCUUUUUUUAGAGGAUUUCAAAACCCAGGAGUGAGGAGAAGCUGGGAUUGGCCUGGAGCAGGAGAAAGGGACAAAAACCUGGUUUUAACCACACAAAAAAAGCACAUUUUCCUCUUUUCUAUUUCCUUCUUUCCUUCCUUCCUGGCAGGCAGGUUUUGGUAAAGCAGAGUUGAGAACUCACCACAAUAAUCCACAAUCCCCAGGGGUUUUUUUUUGUUCCUUUCCACCUGUACAAAAUCAUGAAAUGUCAUUUUCAGUGGUUGUAAUUCGCUGGUUUGUGGUUCAUCUGUACCCUGAGUUUUGCUUUGUAUUAUUCCAUAAAAUCUGUGGAUAUUCAAUUAAAAUGAGACUAAUCCUUCAGCCCAGCCUUCCUUCUGUCCACAUUUUAUUCAGGAUUUGGCUUCAGGUGGAAAAUAUGAGGGAAAUUUUUUGUUUGGA